UCGAAACUCGCGCGUGUGGAGCAACAAGCUGCUAACAAACCUCCCUCUCUCACAGCGGGCGAGAUCUCUCCUGAGGUUUUUCGCGCGUGGGAGAUGGGUUGUAGGCAAUUCUUCAUGCACAAAGAGAUCCCUGAGGGCGAAAUGGUCAAAAAAGUCGCCUGGGGAAUGCAAGAGCCCAUCAUUCAGGACUGGUACCUCAAUGACCAGGACCGUUUCAACAAACUCUCGUUUGCGGAUUAUAUAAAAGAAGUCCGUGCUUACUGGUUGCCCGCAGACUGGGCAGACUCCGUCCGUCAGAAGAUGUUGUCGUCGACACAAGGACAGAAGCCGUUCAAUGAGUGGGCCGUCGAGGUUCAAUCAAAAAACACGCUCCUUCGUGACUCAACUUCGCACCUUAAUGACACCAAUCUGAAGUACCAUCUCGAAUCGCACAUGCAUCCUGACCUAGCUGCGGAGUAUCAUACUGAGCAGAUCACCAAGACCGAUCUACGCAAGUGGAUUGAGAAGGUGAGGUUGCUAGAUGAGAAACGCUUACGCCACCUUGCAAAACACAAGGAAGCGGCGGAGGCGGCCUGGCGUGCGAAACGAGGUGAAACUACCACUGACAGGAGACUUGCAUCAUCGUCUCGUUUCAAUUCCAAAGCAGGACAGACCACAUCUAGUUCCACCUCUUCCAAACCGUUCACCCGUCUACCACCGCUCACAGAUGACGAAUGCCAGCUCCUACGCGACAACGAGGGGUGCUUUAAGUGCCGCGAGCCCUUCGUACAUCAUUCGUCGAGCAAUUGCUCCAAGGGCUUUCCGGAUGGCGCCACCUACAAAUCUCUCACAGCAGCCUCUGUAGCGGCCAAGAAGGGUAGGAAGGGUACGACCACUGUGGCAGCUGUCGAAAUCCAAGACACGGUAGCAGUUGUCAUGCCGUCUGCUGCUCUUGGUGACGGAACUGAUUCUGGAGAAGAGUGCAUGGCCCCAUUCACGAUCCCACAUUUCACCUGGGAAUGUCUCGUUGAUGGCCCAGCUGCUUCAUCUUCUGUUGUCGUUUCUGCAUUGAUUGACCAUGGAUCUCCCGCAGUUCUGAUUGAUGAAGCCCUCGCCAUCAAACUCGGUCUCCGUCGCCGUGCAUUACCAAAGCCUUUCCCAGUCUCAGUUGCGCUCUCGGGAAAGGAGAAGCAGUCAUUUCUCCUCUCGCAUUACGUUAAACUUGCAUGUUCAUCUCUCGAUUCUGUGUACAAGUCCCACACUGUACGCGCGAUCAUCGCGCCUAAUCUUUGUACUUCCCUUCUCUUGGGGGGCCCGUUUCUCGCACAUAACAAGAUUGUAAUUGAUCACGAACUACGGACGGUUGUUUCCAAAGACUCCAACUACGACCUCUUGAAUCCGCCUCCCACAGUUAAGCCUGUCUGCCCAUCGUCUAUUUGUGCGCCUGUCAAUGGUGUGAACAUUGUUGCAGCGGUACAAGAACAUAUCGACCGGUUGAGUUUUCAAGACCAACUGACGGCACGAGAUGUAGCUCUGAAAGAAGAAUUCAUUGAUCGUUUUCCUGCAGAUAUUCCUCACAAUGAUAUGCUGCCGACCGACAUCCUUUUUCGUGUAAGGUUGAAGGACGCGAAUAAGGUAAUUCAGAAGCGCUCUUACGACUGUCCGAAGAAAUAUAAGGCCGCAUGGAAG